UGUGGCUUCAUCUACAGUCACAGGCUGGUGGGCAGAGGACCAAAAAAUAAAAUACCCAAAUUCUCUACGGUGAAAGUCUUGGAGGUGUGUGCACGUAAACAGUUCAUGCACCAAGAAGGCAACUCUGACUCAUCUCCAUUAUUGCCUCAUUAUCUUCAGAAGAAACCCACCCUUCUCAACUCUACUUUGUAAUGCUGGAGAUUAUUCAUGCCUCUUGCAAACCACGUUUCUGCUUAAACUCUGCCAAUAAAGGGCACUGGAGGGAGACAGCCGGUUGGAGGAGGGACUUCCUGUUUGCUUCCUAUCUACUUCCUGCUUCUGUGAGCGUCACCAUGUCAACGCCUAUUUACCUCUCAGUGGCUGUUCCUUUGUGUAGCGGCGCUAAAUUCAGUUUACAGGAGCUAUCAGCAGAGAUUUCAUUUGCCUCCUGAGAGAUCUGGAUCUCAGCCCAGAGGGCCAUCCUGUGAGCUCAGAGACCUCAGCAUUAGUUGAGUGAUCCCCACUCUUCAGAGCUAUGAGUUUCAGCUUCUUUGGUGCCCCUCCACCCAAAAUUUCAAUUUAAUAAUUUUCAAUUCCUCCCUUAAUUCCCUCAAUCUAGGAGUGUUAGCUACGUCCAACAAUUGCUAGUGCUUCAAUAGUGCCCCCUUCCCCAACAUUUUAUACCUUAACUUUAUACCUAGUUGAGUUCUUUAUAUUAAAUUUGCUCUGUUCGGGCUGGGCAUGGUGGCUCACUCCUGUAAUCCCAGCACUUUGGGAGGCUGAGGUGGGAGGAUCGCUUGAGCUCAGGAAUUUGAGACAAGCACGGGCAACAUAGCAAGACCUCAUCUCAACUAAAAAAAAAAAAAAAAAAAAAAAUUAUCUCUGCAUGGUGGUGUGUGCCUGUAGUCCCAGCUACUCGGGAUGCUGGGGCAGGAAGAUGGCUUGAACCCAGGAGGUCAAGGCUGCAUUGAGCCGUAAUCAUGCCACUGCACUCCAGCCUGGGCGACAGAGCCAGACACCUUGUAAAAACAACAAAACACUUGCUCUGUUCAGAUAUUUGGUUAGGAAUGUUGCUUUUUAGGAGGAGCAGUUGGGGGCCAGGUGUGGGAGAGGCUAGCAAUGUCAGCAGCUUUGAAGAAGGCGUUUUGUCAUCUAUAUCAUGGCCAAAACCACCCCAUGGGGCUCUCACUGAAGUCCAACAGCCCAUAGUGUAAUCCAUUCCUUAGACUGCCAACAGCUCUAGACUCACAGACAUUAGUGAGGGACCUCUACAAACUGGAACCCUGUGGGUAUUUCUACAACCUACAGAUUAUUAAUAGUCGUGCAAAGGCAGGCAAAUGGAUGUUUUCUGGUAGGGGGCCGGGAGGGAGCAGUUGCAUUUGAAGAAUGAACUAUGGAUUUCAUUGAUUCGCUUUUAUCAAAGAAAAGUAAAAUAACAAAAAAAAAUCCUUGAAGAAUAUUUUUAUUCCCACCUCCUGUAAUGUUCAGGGAACAUAAGUGACAUUUGGACUCCCAAACAAAAGAAGGCAGGGGCAUAUCUAUGGUUUCUAUGGUUCCUUGUUGAGGGAAAAAGGCUUUCAAGUUCUUGCGUGAGCACUGACAGGCUUUUAUGAAUAGUUCAUGACACAGGUACAAACUGGGCUGUUCUGGCUGAAAUAUCUGCUUGCCUUCUCGGAUAUUGCCAGCAUUCUUUCCUGCCUCACUCACCUCCCUGAAUGACUUGGGCUUGAGAAUGUUUCUGCAUGAUUUUUCUGAGCUUGCUGUCUUACCUGAGAGCAGGAAGUCAAAAGGUGAGUGAUGGAGCCACCUGCUGCCCUCUACUUUGCAGAUAUUAAAGAGGAGCCCGAAAUUGUUCCUUGGACAUCUUCUGAGUGUCAGAAAAUACCUUCUGGAGGGUUAGAAGAUCAGGGGACGUGGUUGUUCACAUUUGCUGCUGUGGAACACUGCCAGUCUUCACUUGGAAACAGAAUCACACCUUGUGAAGAGAUCAUCCCUAAGCAGGAGAGAAGCUACUAAAGGAGCUUCCUGGUCUUCAUCGGACAGUGAAAUUUGUUUGGGAGUCCAAACAAAAUAUAAAAGAGCUGUAAUACUUCCUGUAUUGUAUUUCAAAGGAUUGUGUCCUCCUCCUCCUUCCCUGUGCUCGGUCUCCACCUGUCUCCCAUUCUGUGACGAUGGUUCAGUGGAAGAGACUCUGCCAGCAGCAUUACUUGUGGGUCCUGGGCUGCUAUGUGCUGCUGGCCACUGUGGCUCUGAAACUUUCUUUCAGGUUGAAGUGUGACUCUGACCAGUUGGGUCUGGAGUCCAGGGAAUCUCAAAGCCAGUACUGUAGGAAUAUCUUGUACAAUUUCCUGAAACUGCCAGCAAAGAGGUCUAUCAACUGUUCAGGGGUCACUCGAGGGGACCAAGAGGCAAUGUUUCAGGCUAUUCUGAAUAACCUGGAGGUCAAGAAGAAGCGAGAGCCUUUCACAGACACCCACUACCUCUCCCUCACCAGAGACUGUGAGCGCUUCAAGGCGGAAAGGAAGUUCAUACAGUUCCCACUGAGCAAAGAAGAGGUGGAGUUCCCUAUUGCAUACUCUAUGGUGAUUCAUGAGAAGAUUGAAAACUUUGAAAGGCUACUGCGAGCUGUGUAUGCCCCUCAGAACAUAUACUGCGUCCAUGUGGAUGAGAAGUCCCCAGAAACUUUCAAAGAGGCAGUCAAAGCAAUUAUUUCAUGCUUCCCAAAUGUCUUCAUAGCCAGUAAGCUGGUUCGGGUGGUUUAUGCCUCCUGGUCCAGGGUGCAAGCUGACCUCAACUGCAUGGAAGACUUGCUCCAGAGCUCAGUGCCAUGGAAAUACUUCCUGAAUACAUGUGGGACGGACUUUCCUAUAAAGAGCAAUGCCGAGAUGGUCCAGGCUCUCAAGAUGUUGAAUGGGAGGAAUAGCAUGGAGUCAGAGGUACCUUCUAAGCAGAAAGAAACCCGCUGGAAAUACCACUUUGAGGUAGUGAGAGACACAUUACACCUAACCAACAGGAAGAAGGAUCCUCCCCCUUAUAAGUUAACUAUGUUUACAGGGAGUGCGUAUAUUGUGGCUUCCCGAGAUUUUGUCCAACAUGUUUUGAAGAACCCUAAAUCCCAACAACUGAUUGAAUGGGUAAAAGAUACCUAUAGCCCUGAUGAACACCUCUGGGCCACCCUUCAGCGUGCACGGUGGAUGCCUGGCUCUGUUCCCAACCACCCCAAGUACGACAUCUCAGACAUGACUUCUAUUGCCAGGCUGGUCAAGUGGCAGAGUCUUGAGGGAGACAUCGAUAAGGGUGCUCCUUAUGCUCCCUGCUCUGGAAUCCACCAGCGGGCUGUCUGUGUUUAUGGGGCUGGGGACUUGCAUUGGAUUCUUCAAAACCAUCACCUGUUGGCCAACAAGUUUGACCCAAAGGUAGAUGAUAAUGCUCUUCAGUGCUUAGAAGAGUACCUACGUUAUAAGGCCAUUUAUGGGACUGAACUUUGAGACACACUAUGAGAGCAUUGCUACCUGUGGGGCAAGAGCAUGUACAAACAUGCUCAGAACUUGCUGGGACAGUGUGGGUGGGAGACCAGGGCUUUGCAAUUCGAGGCAUCCUUUAGGAUAAGAGGGCUGCUAUUAGAGCGUGGGUAGGUAGAUCUGUUGCCUUGCAAAUUGCUGCCUGGGUGAAUGCUGCUCGUUCUCUCACCCCUAACCCUACAAGUUCCUCCACUAACUUUCUCACCAAGUGAGAAUGAGAACUGCUGUGAUUGGGAGAGUGAAGGAGGGAUAUGUGGUAGGGCACUUGAUUUCAGUUGAAUGCCUGCUGGUAGCUUUUCCAUUCUGUGGAGCUGAUGUUCCUAAUAAUUCUAGGUUUGGUAGCGUGGAGGAGAAAUUUGAUGGAAAGAGAGCCUUCCCUUCUGUACUGUUAACUUAAAAACAAAUAGCUCCUGAUUCAAAGUAUUACCUCUACUUUUUGCCUAGUAUGCCAGAAAUAAUAUAAAUUUAAACAGAUAAAGUGUGUGAGACUUUUUCUCAUAACUAUUCAUGACAUUUAAAAUCCCUAGGGGCUGGCAAGAGAGUUCUCAUUAUUCUGAAAUGGUCCUGACAAGCUGCAUGAAUAGCAAUUAUUUUUUUUUUGAGACAGAGUCUUGCUCUGUCACCCAGGCUGGACUGCAGUGGUGCAGUCUCAGUUCACUGCAACCUCUGCCCCCCGGGUUCAAGCGAUUCUCCCACCUCAGCCUUCUGAGUAGCUGGGACUACAGGCAUGCAGCACCAUGUCUGGCUAAGUUUUGUAUUUUUAGUAGAGACUGGGUUUCACCAUAUUGGCCAGGCUGGUCUCGAACUCCUGAUCUUGUGAUCUGCCUGCCUUGGCCUUCCAAAGUGCUGGGAUUACAGGUGGGAACUACCGCGCCUGGCCUAUGAAUAGCAAAUUCUAAUGAAGAUGGGAACAGGGCUGGUUCUUCCAUUGUUAAAAGCCAUCCUCAUUUUAUUUAUAUUGCCAGGUUCCUGACUUUUCUGUAAAGGAAAAGGCAGGGUGAUUUAACCAGUUUGACCACCUGUAUUCUUAUAGGAAAAUCGCAGCACUAAUUCUAAUUUUGUCCGCUUCACAGACAAAGCUUAGCUAAUGUUCCAUAAAGGAGACAAUAGCCAGUCAGGUAAGAUAAUGUGUAAUUUAUUAUUCAAAGUGGAACGUGUUUUUGUAGGGGGAGAGUCUGCACUAUUAAUAAUUGUAUUGAGAUAUAAAAAUAAACUAGGACUAUUUAGCUAAACCAGGAUGUCUUAUUAUUCCAUGUUCAGGCCUCUUGAGUCAAAACUCUUUUUUCUGAGACAGGUUCUCACUCUGUUGCCCAGGCUGGAGUGCAGUGGCAUGAUCUUGGCUCACUGAAGCCUCCGCCUCCCAGGUUCAAGUGGUUCUUCCACCCAAACCUUGCAAGUAGCUGGGAUUACAGAUGUGAGCCACCAUGCCCAACUGAUUUUUGUGUAUUUUUAGUAAAGAUGGAGUUUCACCAUGUUGGCCAGGUUGGUCUCGAACUCCUGGCCUCAAGUGAUCCACCUGCCCCACCCUCCCAAGGUGCUGGGAUUACAGGCGUGAGCCAAUGCACCCAGCCCUUUCUAAGUGUUAUUCAAUUCAUCAAGUUUUCUCUCAUGAUCAACUUUCUCCAUGCAAACCCUGUAACUCUGACAGUUAUCACUGUGUCUGACACAGUGAGUUUUUUAUUUAUAAGUUAGUUACUUUUGGCCAGGUGUGGUGGCUCACGCCUGUAAUCCCAGCACUUUGGGAGGCCAAGGUAGGCAGAUCACUUGAGGUCAGGAGUUCAAGACCAGCCCGGCCAACAUGGUGAAACCCCAUCUCUACUAAAAAUGCAAAAAUUAGCCAGACAUGGUGGUGGGUGCCUGUAAUCCCAGCUACUUGGGAGGCUGAGGCAGGAGAAUCGCUUGAACCUGGGAGGCGGAGGUUGCAGUGAGCUGAGAUGGUACCACUGCACUCCAGCCGGGGCGAUAGAGCCAGACUGAGUCUCAAAAAAAUAAAAGUUACUUUUUUUUGGGUAAGAUUGUACUUCUUAGGUAAUGGUCAUUGUCACUACUAACUUGCCUGCAUUGUACUAGAGUCGUAUUCACUUUGCUCCCAGCCCCACCGCGGAGAUGACUGAUGACUAGUCAUAUACACAGUGGAUGUGCCCUGAGAGGUCUGUUGCCAGCAGUGGUGAUCGAUCACUGCCUCCCCCUGCUGGCUGAUGUGAUGGUCCUUGGUCCUCCUCUGAAGGAGAUAGAAGGGGCACACUGCCACCGUGGGAAGCAGGCAGAAAAGCCUCCCUGGGUGCGGAUUCUCUGAGAAAAGGACUUUGGCCUCACAGUUAACUUACUCCAAAAGCUUUCAUGUGAAAUAAUUUAUAAUUUUUUAUAUAAAUAAAAAGAUUAAAAUGUGAA